AUGAGACUCUUUGCUCUUGUACAUGGUCUCUGUGCUCUGGCCUGUACCGCCCUGGCGGAUGCGCAGGAUGCAAACGACAUGGCGACCUUGUUCCGGCGACGAGUGGCUGAUCUCGCCGAGUUUCCCGACCCCGCGUGGUUUGGCAACGUAUCGAAAUGGAUCGACACGCAAAAGCCAGACGGCACAUGGGCAGAUGUCAAUUAUCUCUCUGGAUGCGCCGCACGACGCGCCAACUGGCCGAUUCAGGAGCACUGGAACCGCAUCAUCACGUUGGCGGCAGCAUGGAGCGGCGUCAGCUCGGUAGCGGAUCCGAAAUGGAGCAACAGCACCGAGGCAUGGGAGGCGAUUUCCAAAGGCCUGGAUUACUGGUUCAAAAACGACUACAAACCCGCCGCAUGCCUAGGUAACGGCGGCAAUGCCGCGCUGGGCUGUCCGUGUGGCACGCCGGGGCUAUGGAACACUAAUUGGUAUGGACAGGCUGUAUUGAUACCCCAGCUGAGCUCUACGGCUUGUCUGCUGGCGCGGGACGGACACCUUUCUCAGGAGCAGCACAAAGGAUGCAUCCGCUUGACUGAGCGCACAUACGACAACAUUGACCAGUCCUACGGCACCGGAGGCAACCUCACCGCCGCCAAUAUAGUUCUCGUUUUGCAGAGCGCAGUCAGCCUGGGCUUGUUCACCAACAAUGUCACCAUUGUUGAGAGCGCCAUGAAGAGGGCAUUCAGCGUCAUGACGUUUUCUGAUGCGGCGAUGCAAGACGGCAUUCAUAGGGACGGCUCGUUUUUGCAACAUGACGGCAUACUGUACAAUGGCAAUUACGGAAAAGACUUGCUCAACAUCUUUAUUCAACUGCAAGGCGAGGCCGUCGGCACGCGAUUCGCUGCGAAUGACGCCACCCGGGAAGCCAUGUCGACGUUUAUUAAAAGCAACGAGUGGAUGAUUUUUACAGAUAGGAGAACGCGGCAGCAACACUGGGAUUUUAAUGCCAUUGGCCGUUUCGUCAGCUUUCCUACCAAGGACCUGCAAGCCAGUGCCGACAUCAACUUUAACGUCACCAAGCUAGCACAAGCAGUGGCCAAUUUUGACGUCCCGUACAAUGUAAACGACACGAUCAAAAGGUUAAAGUCCAAUGGCACCGAACAGCUCAUUGGAAACAGAGGAUUUUGGGCAAGCGACUACAUGGUACACCGGCGGCCGUCCUUUAUCAUCGCAAACAAGAUGCUGUCCACACGGUCGACCAACUCGGAGCUCGUCAACGGCGCCAACCCGCUCGGCUACCAUCUCGGCCAGGGCACGCUCUUCACCUACGUCGACGGCACCGAGUACGCCGACAUUUGGGCCUCGUGGGACUGGAACCUCAUCCCGGGCACAACCGUCGUCCGCAACCGACCUUUCCUGGCGGCGAACAAGGUCAAGUACCAGGGCAAACGGGACUUUGUGGGCGUGGUGAGCGACGGCCACGUCGGCGCGGCCGUCGAGGACUACCAGGACCCCCUGGACGCGCACAUUUCCUAUAAGAAAGCCUGGUUCUACCUCGGCGACGCGGUGCUCGUCAGUGUCGUGGAUGUACAAACCAAGAAUACGAGCGACGACGCGCCGAUAAUCACUGUGCUGGACAACCGCGCCAAAGCGGACGGCGGUGCGUUUGUCGACGGCAACAAGAUUGAGCUCAGCACCAACAGGGACACCAGGGCGGUUGGCUCGACGCUCUGGUACGGCGGAAACGGGUACAUGUCGUACGACGACGCGCCCUUUCAACUGACCUUGUCCGAAGGCGAGCGCACAGGCAACUGGUCCGCCAUUUCGACGUCGACGGCCGGAUCAGCAACGGUGCCCAUCUUUUCCGCCUACACUACCGUCAACGAAUCAAAAACGGCAACAACAUCGUAUGCCGUGUUUCCGGCAAUCAGCCUCGAAAAGCUGGCUCAGGAAGCUACGAAGCCGUCGUGGAAGCCCGUCAACGGCGAGGGCAUCUCUGGCGCGGCGGGACAGGGCAUCUUGAGUGUCGUGUUUUGGCCGGGCGGAAGAAGCAACCACCGCUCGCUUAUUGUCAACCUCGCAGAUGUAGGAUGGGCGCGAGACAGCGGAGCGCUCAAGGUGACGGCCGGCCAGCCGGGUGUGUAUCUGAUUACGGGUCGCAGGACGGGACGGACGGGCGAGGAGGGCGUGAAGAAGCUGGUGGUGACGGCGGCGGAUCCGACGCAGAAGCUCGAGACCAUGACGCUUGGGCUUGAAUUUUCGACGAGCCCUGGCGACGAGGAGGAGGAGGAGGAGGAGAAGGCGAAUACGGAGGCGUGCGGUGUGGCGGUCAAGGCUGAGUUUAGGUUGGCGUUUGCGCUGCCAAAGGGCGGCAUGGCUGGCUCUUCGGUGACGCGCGAGGUUGUUCUGGCAGAUGGCAUGAGCGGGCCCGGAUCAAGAGACAAGGUCUAG